AUGUCUACAGAGGUAGGGGUGUUUCUCUGCAUUUUGAAUUUUAUACAUGGGCAAGCCAUACUGGUCAUAGCCUCUGGGGGUCCUAUAGUGGAUCAAUUUCUUACAUACAGCAGGUACUACAAACUGAGCAGCUGCAUUGGUAUUACCAUUUGGGGAAGAAUCUAUGGGCAGUCUACAGGCUUCAAAAGAGUCACUUUGAGGGUGAAAAGGGAUGCACUCAUGUGCACAGAGGCAUUUAUUAUUUUGGGAAUUUUCCGCAUUUUAGUGGGGCCACAGUACAGCAGGUACAGUGCCACUAAGGAGCCUGUGGCUGAGAUUCAAACUCAGCCCAAAAUCUCGGCAGCCUGCCUGAUUAGGGCAGAAAAGGGGCUGUUGCACCAAUCAGAGCAGCUCGGCAUCUCUCUCAUGCCGUUCGGAGGUGCAACCGUGCCAAAUUUCCGCACGGAUGCACCUCCGAACGGCAUCUGGGCGCUUAGCGCGCGCUUAGUAAGCGAUGCAAGUGCGGACUAUUACUCUGCUUAUAUGGGCUUAUUUAGACCCAGGAAAAAGCGCAAAAAUCAGAGAAUAUUGGAGAUGGACCAGGGAAUGUGA